CUCCACCUGGAUGAGAGUCACCUGGAGGGCAGCCGCGCACAAACGCAAGACACCCGACCGAGAGGAAAUUCUGGAGGGGGAUUUAAUUGAUUUUUUUUCUUCCUUUCCUUCAAAUGAAAGGAAGAGAAACCAGAGCGCGUUAGGGUGUGGAUUUAACUGAUUUGAUUUUUUCCCCCCACAAAUUCUUCAAGUAUUUUUCCCUCCCACCCAAAGAACAAAGAUGCUUCUCCGCAGGAUUGUGUUUUUCGCUGUGAUCUAUAGCCAAUCCGCCACUGCCAUCCCUGCCUCAGGUUGUGUGGGAGAUGAGUGCAAUAAAGGCCAAACCCCUCCAUUUCCUCUGUCGACCCCUGCUGAAGUCAGAUCUCAGCAGCCCUCUCAGAACUUCCUUAAUCAAUUUGACCAGGGUAACACGCCAAACAUCGGCGACCGUAAACACCGAGAUGCCAAUGCCGUCAUGCCCUUCAUCGGCCUAACCAACAGCGCUGAGCAGAGUCGAAGUUGCUGUAAGAAUGGAGGGACCUGUAUUCUGGGGAGUUUCUGUGCUUGUCCUCCUUACUUUACUGGUCGGAGCUGUGAAUACAACCAGCGCAUCAGACACUGUGGUGUGAUUCCACAUGGUGAAUGGGUGCGGAAGGGUUGCUCAUACUGUCGUUGUGGUUACGGCUUCCUGCACUGCUUCCCCCACAUCUUCCAUAAGGACUGCAAUGAUUCUGAGGAGGUGCAGUGGUAUCGUUCCGCUGCUGUCAGGACACGUCAGAACAGCUGCAUACUGGGUUUGAUACCACUUCUACUAAGUCUCUUCCUAUGACAGUUUUAUAUCUGUAUGGAAGUAAUGCAUCUCUUAAGUUUUUAAAAAUAUAUAUUUAUUUUUUUUUAUUGAGUAAAAUGUUUCACCAUUUAAAAAAAAAAGAGAUAAUCUCUGCAAAAAUGGAUGCCAGACAUUGUUCCUGAUGAGUGGACGCUUUCAAACCCUGAUGAGUACCCAUAAACAUUAGCGACUGGUUUGCUUUAUGGGCUAUGGAGAUGCUCAGUCAUGCUGACACCCUUUUUUGGCAGUAAAUGCCCAAUGACUGCAUCAGAAAAGGAAUGUCAUGAAUUGCUUCUCGUGCACAAACUCCAUUUGAUUUUUGAACACGCGUGAUAUAUUUGCAUAGUAUAUUCAACACCCACCACCUGAAUUUGUGCAUGUUUAUCUGUCUUGGAGGCAGUUGUACAUAAAAGCUCUGUGAAAAUGAUACUGUAUAAUUUUUAAGGGUAUUUUUUAAUUUUGAAGGAAUUUUGUUAAAUGAGGAACAAAAGUUUAUUCUCAAAUUUAGUAUCUUCUGUCCGUUUGCACAAAUGAUGAGCUGAUGUCACAUUUAAUCCAGGGAA